AUGGGAAAGUCAAAGAACAACAAGAAAGUGGCAAUCGCUGCUAAACCUGUUAAUUCUACUGCUCUUACUCAGGGUCGCAUCAAUUUUUCGCAAAAAAGCCGAGCCAAAACCGCCAAAAUUCGAUUGAAAAAGGAAUCCGACGAUUUGGACCCUCCAAUCGUCAACAACAACAGCGACACCGAGAUGGAGGAGGUCGAGAAUCCACUGAAGUACAAUUGCAUUGUCCAGAACAUUGAUUUGUCUCAGUGGAACCUGCAAACCCUUGCUACUGGAAUUACGUCCUCUGGCUAA